AGUGGUACUCGUGUUUCUUUGGCAGUGGAGAUAUUUGUUGUAGCUAAUCUAGCUAGCCAAGCAAAUAAAGCUAAACAACAUCACCGUUUCCCGGGAGUUGACAUGACAGCAAGUAUUUCAGCUAGCUACUAUAACGGUAUAAUAAUACCCAACGUUAUAGAUACAGUGAGUACAAUGAGAGUCCCUGACCAGACACAACCCACCACCAUGCACGAAUGCCUUCCAUCAGACGCAGUGGGCAAACGGGUGGCUUGUGACGGGGAGCGUGGCACGGUGCGGUUUGUUGGCACUGUACCACCAACUGCAGGGUUGUGGCUUGGUGUGGAGUGGGACAACCCUGAUCGAGGCAAACACGAUGGCAGCCAUGAAGGUGUCCACUACUUCACUUGCAGGCACCCGAAGGGAGGCUCUUUUGUCCGGCCCAAGAAGGCCAGUUUCGGGGUGGACUACCUGACGGCCAUCAAGCGGCGUUACGAGAUGGAGGUCCAGCAGGUCUUGGGAGAGGAGAUCCAGAUCUCCACGAGGACGGUGGAGAUGGUGGGCUUCGAGGCCAUCACAGAGAAACAAAAGGUGGAAAACCUGACCGAUGUUGCACUGAGGUUGUGUGAGGUUUCCAGCCCAGGCCCUGCAAAUGAAAUCCGAAACACCACUCCCCACGUGCUGAUGUUGGACCUGUGUGGGAACCUCCUGUGCUGCUGGGACGACGUAAUGGCCAUCACGGAGCAGAUGGAGGAACUCAAAGAGCUUCAGCUCAGCCACAACAGACUGCGUGUGCCCUCCAACCCUACGGUGCGACCCCGGGCGUUCUCCUGCCUCAGGGUCCUCUCCCUCACCAACUGUGCCCUCACGUGGCCUCAGCUGCUUGAGUGCGCCCCCAUGUGGCCACUGCUGGAAGAGCUCUACGCCUCUGAAAAUGACAUCACUGAACUACAGAAGCCUAACGAUGUCUUACAGUCUUUGACAGUUUUGGAUCUCUCAACAAACCCUUUGGUUGAUGGAGCCGUACUGAGUAUUGGCGAACUGCCUAGACUGGAGAAUCUAAAUAUGUCUAAGACUGGUUUGUCAACCUUGCGGUUUGAUGACGCAAUGCCUGGUUGCAAAACGGCUAUGUUUCCUGCCCUGAAAAGUCUCGCCGUUAACAGCAACAACAUUUCAGAGUGGUCGGUAAUAAAUGAGCUAGAGAAGCUGCAGAGCCUGGUCCGGUUGUCGUGUCGGCAGAACCCCCUGCUGAGCCAGGAAAGGAACCCCGGCACGGCCAUGCAGCUGCUUAUUGCCAGGGUGGGCCGGCUGGAGGCCCUCAAUAGGUGGACGGUCCUGCCUGAGGACAGGAGGGGGGCGGAGCUGGACUACUGCAAGAUGUUUGGGCUAGAGUGGCUGGCAUCCGGGGGACACAGAGACCCCCAGCAGAACCGCCCCAGUGCUGAAUUCACCGCACAGCACCCCCGCUAUCAGAGUCUCAUACAGAAAUAUGGAGCUCCAGAAGACAGCGAACUGAAGAAGCAGGAGGCAUUUGCACUGAAAAACCAGCUCUUAAGCAUAACAUUUGUUUGUCCAGAUGAGACGGACCGAAAAUCUGUGGUGAAGAAACUCCCAGAUUCCAUGAUCGUUCAGAAAGUGAAGGGCCUACUCUACAGACUGCUAAAGAUACCGGGUGCUGAGUUGAAACUCUCCUACACAAGCUCAAAGAUGGAGGGCAAAGAGAUUGAGAUCGACAACGACCUGAAACCACUGCAGUUCUACUCCAUCGAAGACGGAGACAAGGUCCUUGUCCGCUGGUUGUGAUCCGCAAAGGUCCGGAUUGGCUGCCUGAUGACUCAAACUGAGUUCUUCCAUGGCAUAACGUUUGGCUGGAGCAAGGAGUUUGGGUAGCCAGGCAACCGAAUUUGAAGUUUAAGCGAUAUUCCGAAAUCCACGAGAAAAAUGUACAGCACUAAACCUGAGACGAAAACACAGCGCAGCUCCUAUUCAGCCUGAGGAGACCAAUCGAUGUAGGAGAAAGAAACACAGGGUCGUGUUCAUUUGGCAUGAAACGGAAGAUAACUGUCUAAAACAGAGUGAAACAGGAAGGGAACAUCUGAACUUGUCCAAUAAGAGUUGUGUGCCAUUAUGAACACAACCCAAGUGUGAACAAUGUGUAUUUAUUAGGAUCAUAUCAACAGCUUACAUCAUAAAUAAAACAAUUCAUCAUCCAAUAAAUAAUACAAAAAUUACUCUUAUUACUUUCACUCAAUGAGACACCGGACAAAAGAGAAUUAGGAGACAUUUAGGCCCUUGAAUGGUGGAUUUUACCAUCCCUGAGCUAUGGCAGCUUUCAUUGCUUGGCCUUUAGUGAGUUAGCAGCAGUUAAGGUAUUUUUUUAUUUAACUAGGCAAGUCAGUUUUAAGAACAAAUUCUUAUUUACAAUGCCGGCCUACCAAAAGGCAAAAGGCUUCCUGCGGGGAUGGGGGCCUGUGAUUAAAAAUACAAAAUAAAUCCAAUAUAAAUAUAGGACAAAACACACAUCACAACAAGAGAGACAACAUAGCACUACAUAAAGAGAGACCUAAGACGACAACAUACCAAUGCAGCAACACAUGACAACACAACAUGGUAGCAGCACAAAACAUGGUAAAAACAUUAUUGGGCACAGACAACAGCACAAAGGGCAAGGUAGAGACAACAAUACAUCACGCAAAGCAGCCACAACUGUCAGUCAGAGUGUCCAUGAUUAAGUCUUUGAAUGAAGAGUUUGAGAUUAAACUGUCCAGUAUCAUCAGGUGGUGUCAAAUUAACCUACAACUUUCCAGCAUAUAUAGCUCUGAAUAUGUGGUAGAUAGGUUGUUGGUCGACCAAUAUUUUUUGUUGUUGUAGCAAAUAAAAAAAUGUUCAUGCCACAUGAGACACCUGUAUGAUUCGCGCCUGUCUCAGUGGACUAAUCCAUUGAGGAUGCCACAGCCCAAGAAGAAAGGGAGCGUGGCUAAGAUGCACAAGGCACAUCUCUCUCUAGAAUGCGCUCUCCAACCAUUUUGUGCACAUUCAUUGUUUCAUAACUUCAUUGUGUUAAUUGUUUACCCUUUGAUGUUAGUGCCUAUCAAUUCUCCAUUACAUGUCACCAGUAGUAGCCUACAUUUACGGGUAAUUCCCAUAAUUUCUAAUCUACAGUGUUUCAUUGGUUACUGUAAUUUCCGCUAAUGCAUUCAAUAUUAUUUUUUAGUCGUUUGUCGUUCUCUUUGUCGGAGUGGCUACGUUGUUUGCAGAGCUCACAACCUAUACUACACUUGUAAGAAACACGUUUUGGUUUAUUUCAUUCCGUUUAUGAGUUUUGUCAAUUUUAUUGGUUGUCUUUUGUUUGGAGCGCUCCUGUCAAUGUUGAGUAAAGACGCGCACCUGAUUACACAUUUAGAAGUACACCCACUCUAAAAUAAAAGGGUUCAUGGAGACACCUUUAUGAGUUCCUCAGAUUCCCACACCGGUGGAACCACCAAAGGUACUUCCAGGAACCUUCCACUGAGGAACCUUUUUAGGGUGUUAGAAGCUUUUUAUGUCCCAUGUAUUCUAUUAUUAAUAAUAACAACACAAAUGACAUUGAGUGGGAAACUUGUAAGUCACAAAUCACACAUUGUAUUGACUUUAAAAAAGUCACAGAAAUCACACUUGCAGACAUCACAGGAAUAUCUGGUCUCCCUAUCUCGCUCUACAGCAAAAAGUUUGCCAUUCAUACAAUAUUUGUUGAUAAUUUAUCCAAUUUGUUCUGAAUGAACAGCAUUGUGCUUUUCACUGAUGCUGCUUUUUAAAGUAACUUUUAAUACGGCUGGAAAUUCUGGAAGUCUAAACACAGACGGCGAAACUGGUUGAUUGAUGUGUCCUGUUGCUGGCCCGUUGAUAUGUCACGCUAAAGGCCAAUUGGUGGCUCAUUUUGCUGGUCUGUUUGCUGCAGCUGUGAGCUAACAAUAAUAAUAUAAAUGCUUUCACUUUCGUGCUCAAAAAGCAAAAAAAAGAGCAGAGAUUUGGUAUAGGAUCAGUGUGAUAAAAUCAAUGACGCAGAUGACAGUCAUAUAUUGACUUAUCGAUUUACGGCUUUUAGAUUCUCAUCUGAAUGGACAGUGUUGAUGACCAGAUAGUCUUUUACAUUGUAUUGCACGUUGUUCACUGCAAUGGACUUUGUCUUGGUGACACUUUUUUCUCUGAUGGCUUCUCCGAAUCUGGCACUUGAUACUCCACGGUAGAGUUUAGAAGUGCAUGCAGUGGGACAUCUCUUGUGUCCGCACUGUGUGUUGUUGUGUUGCCAAGGCAUUUGUUGUUGGUUUGCUCCCAACAUUGUCUGAGCUGAUGUAUUUUUGCAAGGGUCUUCUUCGUUCUAUUUUGAAAGUUUCCCACAACUGCUGAGAGCCUGUUGAAAUAUUGGUGUUCCGCUUCAAAUCGCAUGGUGGACUGGUGGAUCAAAGUUCCAUAGGCAAGUAGCAGGCUAGGGUAGGGGACGAAGUAGUCCGUCUUCGGGAUUGUCUUCCCUGGAAACAGGUCCUGGAAGAGCGCUUGAAAUUCAGUGAUUAUUUUUUUUCUGCCAGAUAUGGGAUCCAGGAUCUUCUUAAAACUGGGGCCAAGAUGAUGUUGGAUAUCUCUCGGAGCAGGAGGUAGAGAUCCCGAGGACUGACAUUUUGCCUUUGACUACCAGUCAUGAACAGAAAAGUGUACAUUUUUCUGAUGCACUUCUGGGUAGAUGGCCAAUCUUCCUUAGGACUCUCGGAUAGUGGCACAGGUUUAGAAGACAUAUCUCGUUUGCCAUAAAAACAAGUUCUCAAUAUCAUAGUUGAUCUGGACAAGAGUAAUGUGCCUCUCUUGAACCAGUUAUUGCAGCACUAGUUUGAGCAAUGUGGGUAUGAUGCCCUCUUGAAGGUCAUGCAUGACGUCUGGUCGAAACAGAUAGGUAAUUGGAGAUGGCACAUGAUUCAGCUGCGAGAAGCAACAGGCUUUUUGAUGCCAUUUGUCUAGGUUGCGCAUGUUGAUUUCUCUUCAGUGAUUUCUUUCAAGAAAUUAAGGCAAAAAAUACAUUUCCCUGCCUAAAGAAAAAACAGCUGGAAAGAAUCAAGCCAAGACAAACCACACUGAGCAACAACAAAAAACUGUCCU